AGGCAGCGUAGCCUUGAGGCUGGAGCUCAGAGCGGUCUUUGCUGUAGUCUCCACCCCUCUGUUUCUCGCCAUCACCCGGCGCCUAUAAAGCUAACACGACGACCGAGCUUUUUUCCUCCUCAUUGAUGGUGAGACUGUGCGACAGAAGGAUGAAGUUUCUCGUCGCAGUCACGGUCAUUGUUGGGUCGCUGGUUUUUCUUGCUUUCCCCGAUGGCUCAUCCGCCGACGAGAAGAAGACAGGACCUAAAGUAACAGCGAAGGUCUUUUUCGACAUUAGAAUCGGAGACGAGGAUGUGGGAAGAAUUGUCAUCGGAGUGUUUGGAAAAACUGUUCCCAAAACGAGUGAGAACUUCAUAACACUGGCGACAGGAGAGAAAGGAUUUGGUUUCAAAGGCAGCAAAUUUCACAGAGUCAUCAAGGAUUUCAUGAUCCAGGGUGGAGACUUCACCAGAGGAGAUGGCACUGGAGGCAAGAGCAUCUAUGGAGACCGUUUCCCCGACGAGAACUUCAAGCUGAAGCAUUACAAUGCCGGCUGGCUCAGCAUGGCCAACGCUGGCAAAGACACCAAUGGCUCCCAAUUCUUCAUCACUACAGUUAAGACUCCCUGGCUGGACAACAAGCAUGUUGUCUUUGGAAAGGUUCUGGAGGGAAUGGAUGUGGUGAGGAAGGUUGAAAACACAAAGACGGACGGCCAUGAUAAGCCUCUUAAAGACGUCAUCAUCCACGACUGUGGCAAAAUCAAUGUGGACAAGCCAUUCCCAGUGGCCAAGGAGUAGAGUGCUGUCAGACAAGUUCAGGGGGGAAAAAGGACUUGGGGAGCCUGAUAAGGGGAAAUCGUGCAGUCGAGGAGGGUCUUUGGGUCAUUCUCUAUAAAUGGCUGCCGUCUUAACGCACCACAAGAGCAUAAAUAUCAAGCAAUCAUGAUGACACUCUGGGCCCAUUAACCAACAAGCAUUCCAAGGUGCACUUAGUGUUUGUUGUGGGGUUAAUUUUUUUUUUUUUUUGUAAAAAAUGAAAU